CGGCACUAUCUGAAAUCAGAUAGCCUUGUUACGUGAUGUGUUGGAGCAGAAGUGUAACGAGCUUUCCAAACAAAAAACAAAAAAAAAACAUGAGGUGGUGAUGAGCAAUGAUCCAAAGAGCCGUAUCGAUUGCGUCGUCUCUCCUUGAUCGCAAGCGCCUUGGCUUUUCUCAGUUUCUGUCUGCUUCGCUCGUGAUGUCCGUCCUUCUCGCCAUAUAUGCCCUACUACUAUACCGACAUGCCGUAACAGAUUCAUGGUGACCAUCGCCACAUCUCUCCGACGGUUAAAUAUCCCUCCCAGAACGCCCAUCAUCUGCGGCGUCAUCCAACAUGCAAGGGAAAACCUCGAUGAUGGGCUCGAACGCGCGCCCCCACGCGGUGCUCAUCCCGUACCCGGCGCAGGGCCACGUCACGCCGCUGCUGCAGCUGGCCAAGGUGCUGCACUCGAGGGGCUUCUUCGUCACCUACGUCAACUCCGAGUACAACCACCGCCGCCUGCUCCGGUCCCGCGGCGCGGACUCGCUGGCGGGCCUCGACGACUUCCGGUUCGAGACCAUCCCCGACGGCCUGCCUCCGUCCGGCAGCGACGACGACGUCACGCAGGACAUCCCCGCGCUCUGCGAGUCGCUCUCCCGGAGCGGCGCCGCGCCGUUCCGUGACCUCCUGGCGAGGCUCAACGGCAUGCCGGGCCGUCCUCCUGUCACCUGCGUCGUACUGGACAACUUCAUGAGCUUCGCGCAGAGGGUGGCCAGCGAGAUGGGCAUCCUGGCAGUCGUGUUCUGCACCAUGAGCGCGUGUGGCUUCAUGGGGUACCUCCACUUCAAGGAGCUCAUGGACAGAGGCUACGUGCCACUGAAAGAUGAGAGCUACCUGACCAACGGGUACCUGGACACGGUGCUCGACUGGGUGCCCGGGAUGCGGGGCAUCCGUCUGCGAGACAUGCCCAGCUUCAUCCGCACGACGGACCCGGACGAGUUCAUGGUCCACUUCGACAGCGGGGAGGCCCAGAACGCGCGCCGCGCGCAGGGGAUCAUCGUCAACACGUUCGACGCGCUGGAGCAGGACGUCGUGGGCGCGCUGCGCGGCGUCUUCCCUCGCGUCUACACCAUCGGCCCGCUUCUCACGUUCGCCAGAGACAUGGUCCGUCCCGACGCGUCCGCGAUCUGCGGGAACCUCUGGAAGGAGGACCCGAGCUGCCUCGGGUGGCUGGAUGCCCAGGGGCCCGGCUCGGUCGUGUACGUCAACUUCGGCAGCAUCACGGUCAUGACGCCGGCUCAGCUCGCCGAGUUCGCGUGGGGGCUGGCGAACUGCGGCAGGCCGUUCCUGUGGGUCAUCAGGCCGGACCUCGUCACGGGCGAGAAGGCUAUGCUGCCGGAGGAGUUCUACGCGGAGACGAGAGAGAGAGGGCUCUUCCUCAGCUGGUGCCCGCAGGAACAGGUCCUGUCGCAUCCGUCCACCGGGCUGUUCCUGACGCACUCUGGGUGGAACUCUACGCUGGAGAGCAUACGCGCCGGCGUGCCGAUGAUCUGCUGGCCGUUCUUCGCAGAGCAGACGACCAACUGCCGAUAUGCCUGCGCGAACUGGGGCAUUGGACUGGAGAUCGACAACAAUGUCACGAGGGACGAGGUGGCACGGCUCAUAGAAGAAGCCAUGGACGGCGAGAAAGGCAAAGACAUGAAGGCGAAGGCAACAGUGUGGAAGGAGAAGGCCGUGGCAGCAACAGAAAGCGGCGGGACCUCGAGCGUCAGCAUUGAUCGUUUGGUCGAGUUCCUGCUUGAAGGAAACGUUCCUACAGCUGCAGGCUAAUAAUAUGAACAGUACGUGCAUAUGAAAACCGAAGUAUAAUGUUACCAGCAAAUUUGUAAUAUAUAAGUAUAAAUACUGAAUUUGUUUCUUUCAUGACGGUCAGCUUCACAGUAGAAAAUAUGGUGUCGCAUGAACAUGACAAUUUCAGAAUUCAGAGUGAAGAUGCAAGCUUGCUGUCAGUAUUUUCAGGUAGGCCUGUCAGCUGUGGCUUCACCUGCCAUGCUACAGAGCGAACUGCGAACCAUUUUAUGAUUCUGUGAGCAAUAGAACAGCAGUUGAAAUUGGUGCCGUCUCUACAUCGAAGAGAAAAAAUGUUCUUGCUGCAAUAAAACUGGGUGGCUCCUCAAUGAAAAACUGUACUGCAUAUUUGAGACACGAACUAACAGCACGGUAGUACUUUGAACACUAACAUGCCACCGGAACUUAUGCUAGCGAAUUACUGAAGUUUGAACUUGAAGUUCAGUCAGCGAUACAAUGGAUUCGGUGAAGAAAUGCAGUGCAAGAAUUAGAAAAGGAAUUAGAAAUAAUGAAAGAACAAAUAUUUGGGAAACUUUUUCAGUCAAGAUGUGAGAGUAUCAUGAGGACUCUGUUACAGACCACCAAUAGUCUGCAUCAGAUUGACAUCAGAUCGUGUUGCCAGGAUUUUUAGAAAGUCAAUUUGGUGUGUUUGUAUCUGAAUCUGACACUACAGGCCUCGAAUCUUCCUGGUUGUUUGCGAUUGUAUCUGGAGUUGAAGUUGGCUGAGCUGACUGAUAGCCUGCUAAGAUAUGCCAGCGGUUUCAGCAACAAACACCACGUUAACCGAAAGGAUUACAGUAGCGUACCAGAUGCAUCGUCAGAUUCCUUUGAGACUGCAUGAGAGGGCAGCUGGAGUCUGAAAUUAGGCGGAAGCGAAUGCCCUGGUGGGAAAGAACCAUCCAUCUGUGCCGUUGGCUGCUGAAAGAACGCUGGUCGCAUGGGUUGCUGCAUCGGUGAGAAUCCAGCACUUGGACUUGGGCCACUAGGCAUAUACCCCAUGUAUUGGUAGGGUGGUACUGAAUGAGAGGCUGGACCAUACAUCUGAGGGUAGUAAUGUUGUAGCACCUGAGAAUUGUACAAUGGCUGCUCAUCAAUUUUCAGGUUUCAUGGUUUCGGUUA